GCGGUUUCCCCGCAUGGAUUGGGUUACUUUAACACUGUUGCCGGAGAUGAAACCGUAGACUGUAUAAACGAAGCCAAUAACGUGAUAUUUAACCCACGGAAGGCGAAUUUUACCAAGGGAACCCGCCAAAAAUGUGUAUUUUGCUCCCGGAGUAGCAAUUGGGCAGGUUUUAUUGUAAAAACCUGGCAACGCCCGCCCUGCAGUGUCAGUGAUUUUAGAAAAGCGCUCGAGAACGAGACGGCCUACAGACACAAGAAGACCACCAUCGAAAUCCACCAGACACCUUACGACUGGCCGGCCGAGGAGCAAACCGCCGAGUCAAUGAGAACACGCGGAAACGUAUGGGAUUCGUGAUGCACGCCGAACUCUCGCUCGGUCGCGCACAUCUGCUGCUGUAGCAUCGGGCUCGCGCGGGAUAUAGCGGUCUGUGCCUGCCGACUGUUGGAUGUGAGAUCCGAAUAGACAAACUGAAGUAUCUCGCCUGCGCGUCCAGUCUGAGCGCGUAUGCAUAAUAUUUAGCGGUCGGAGCGGAGCGUGAUUGCCUGGGUGGAGUUGCAGUGCAUCGCACAAUUAUGCGUGAAGAAUCGGCUAGCGCACUAGCAUCGCGAGCUAAGCACUGUCCCGUAUUAUGACAGUGAUCUGUAUGCCUACAGCGUUUGAUCACGCGCGGCACUCUAGCGCAUUUGACUUUGAUGCGGGUGCUGGACACGAUCUCCGGUAGAAAUCCACUUUUGGCCGUGAUUUAAUUGACAUGGCAAACGGUUAGCCCGGGCAGGCCUAGCUAGCCACUGUGUUAGCUAGAAGAAAUCACUUCACCGGAUUAGACAGCAUGCAAACCCUAACGGUUUGUUUUUCGCGAGAGGGGCCAGUGAGCGUAUAAUAUACAGUGUGUUAUAGAUGCGGAGCGUGUAGAUGGCGGACAAACAGCUGCUAGUUAGUUAAUAACAGGCUGUAAGGUUACUGCCAACUUGACAUAACAGGUUUUGAUAUCUGAAAAAGUGGCAGGCGUGCGCAUUUCACAAUGCAUUUUCUCAAGGCAAGUUCAGGUUGUGUCACUGAAGCAAACGCUUGGAUAAUAGAGGCACUGCCCCCGGCUAGCUAGCUCUCCGUGACUUUUGCGAAGGGAACAUGCAAGAUCUUGAGUCGAUUUUAUGCUCUAAAUAAGCAGCCAGCGUUUGCACUCGUUUAGCCUCGACUGGCAAUUGUAGCUAGAUUCUCGCUGGGAAGAGGGGAUGACCUAAACACUCCAAACAUGUCCAGCAAAGCUUCGGGUAAAGAGAAGAAGUCCGGCUUCAGCAAGAAGCUGUUCCGCCGGGGCUCGGUGCGCUCCGUGGGGAGCUUCAUGAACAGAGUCCUGAAGACCCUCUCCACGCUCUCUCAUUUCGGCUCGGAGCUGCACGCGCCCGAGGGCGACAAGGACGAUGGGGGAUUCACAACCUUAAAGAACGAAGGCAAGGGGUCCGUCGCGUCGGACGACAGUGACUGCGGGGGGUUUCUUCCCGGGGACAAGAUCCCCGGAGUGGCCGGUUUGAAAAACCACGGCAAUACGUGUUUCAUGAACGCUAUUCUGCAGUGCCUGAGCAACACGGAGCUGUUCGCCGAGUAUCUGGCGCUGGAGCAGUACCGAGGUGACCAGACGGACGACGAGAAACCUAAGACGAACGGGGUCGUGCAGAGGAAGGGCGGUCAAGACGGAGGAGAGGUGACCGAGCAGCUGUCGGGACUGGUCCGAGCCCUGUGGACCUUUGAGUACACGCCGCAGCACAGCCGAGACUUCAAAAAUGCUGUGGCCAAGAGUGCCCUGCAGUACCGGGGAAAUGCCCAACAUGAUGCCCAGGAGUUCCUUCUCUGGCUGCUCGACCGUGUCCAUGAAGACCUCAAUCAUCUUGUACACCCUAACAUCAGAGCCUCUAUAAAGCCUCCUAUCGAGGAAGAUGAUGGAGCGUUAGAGGGACCUUCACCACCUCUUUCCGCUGGCUCGUUUGUCCAAGAGCUGUUUCAAGCUCAGUACAGAUCGUCACUUACCUGUCCGCACUGUCAGAAACAGAGCAACACUUUUGAUCCUUUUCUUUGCAUCUCCCUCCCAAUUCCAUUACCUCACACACGGCCUCUGUAUGUGACCGUGGUUUAUCAAGGCAAGUACUCUCACUGCAUGAGGAUCGGUGUGGCUGUACCACUCAACAGCACUGUGUCCAGACUGAGAGAGGCCGUAUCACGUGAGACCAAGAUCCCACCAGACCAGUUUGUCCUGACUGAAAUGUAUUACGACGGUUUCCACCGCUCCUUUUGUGACGAUGACGACGAUCUUGAUAUCAUUCAAGAAAGUGACUCAGUCUUUGCUUUUGAAACUCCUGAGACUUUUAGAUUAGAAAACAUUCGCUCUAAAAGAGGGAGCCUCCUUGCUAAUCUGAAUCAGAACAAUGUGAAAUACGGAGUGGAGACAAACCGGACGCCGUCUUUCAUGCAGGGAGCAAUGAAUCCAGUAUCUCCUAACAAAAACACUGGAUGUGAGAAAAUGAUUCUGCUGAUUUGUAACAGAGCCUGCACUGGCCAUCAGGGACGGAGGUUCGGUCUUCCAUUUGUACUAUAUCUAGAGCGCACUGUGACAUGGGAUGUGUUACAGAAAGAAAUUCUGGAGAAAAUGCGUCACCUACUAAGGCCAGGGGUUUACAUUCAGGUUGGACCCUUUAGCUUGCGUGUGGUUGGAGUGGUUGGAAUCACAUAUCUGUUGCCACAGGAUGAGCAGCCACUAUGUCACCCCACUGUGGAAAGAGCAUAUAAAUCCUGUGGGCCAGGAGGACCUCCUCAUGUUAAGAUUGUAGUGGAGUGGGACAAAGAAACCAAGGAAUACUUGUUUGGACACACUGAGGAAGAGUACAUCCCUGAUGCUGAGAGUGUGUAUCUGCACAGAGAGCAGCACCAUCAGCCGCAGGCCUGCACCCUCGCUCAGUGCUUCCAGCUCUACACCAAAGAGGAGCAGCUGGCCCCAGAUGAUGCCUGGCGCUGCCCACAUUGCAGGCAACUGCAACAGGGGCGGAUCAAACUCAGCCUGUGGACCCUGCCGGAUGUUCUCAUACUGCACCUCAAGAGGUUUAGACAGGAAGGAGACAGGCGGGUUAAGAUGCAAAACAUGGUGCGAUUUCCUUUGAUUGGCAUGGAUAUGGCUCCUCAUGUGGUGAAGAGAAGCCAGAGCAGCUGGAGCUUACCCUCCCACUGGUCACCAUGGAGACGACCUUACGGACUUGGUCGUAACCCAGACGACUACCUUUAUGACCUCUAUGCUGUGUGUAACCAUCAUGGCAACAUGCACAGAGGGCAUUACACGGCAUACUGUAAGAACUCCAUUGAUGGGCAGUGGUAUUGCUUUGAUGACAGUGAGGUUCAGCCUGUAGCUGACGAGGAUGUCUGUCAGCAAACUGCAUACAUUCUGUUCUAUCAAAGGAGGACAACUAUUCCCUCGUGGUCGGCAAACAGCUCUGUUGCAGGCUCGACCAGCUCAUCUUUAUGUGAACACUGGGUUAACCGGCUUCAGGGCAGCAGGCCGCCCAGCCUGGCCUCCGGAGCCUCCUCAAGACGCACAUCCCUGAUCUCUUUGGCAGAGUCAGUGGAGUUUCCCGGUGAUCGCAGUGAAGAUGAUGCUUUAGCGCUUACUAACACAGGAUCUCCCGCCUUGCUCAGAGGAUUUUCAACGCGGCCCUUCGUGAGGAGCAUCCAGCAGCAGAGCUUGUCCUCCAGAUCGUCGGUUACCAGCCCUCUGGCUUUCAGUGAAAACGGGAUGAAACCUUCCUGGUCCUUGUCACAGAAACUACAAAUGAGAUCCAACUCGCCCUCACGAUUCUCUUUGGACUCGCGCUCCUCCCCUCCUCUCGAGAGGAUAGGAGAAGCUUGUGAUGACAAAGUGUCCAUGUCUUGCUUCGGCAGCUACAGCAGACAUGAGCGUCAGCCCAGCAGUAAGGCCCCGCUGGCCAUGAUGGAGGGUAACGGUAGUGAUGACGGCAGUGGGAAAUGGAUCCUAGACGAGGCCUAUUGCAGAGCUCCCACACCGUCCGACCGGAAGAGCUCUAAAGGUGAGCCCAUCGACAACAACAACCAAAUUAAUGCUGUGGACCAGAAUGCUCUUGGAGCACUCUCCAAAGAGCAGAAGCAUAAGAGCUCCGUGUCGGAGAAGAAAACUGAAGGAUCCGCCAGCAAGAAGAGCUCCACCAAGACCAAGGGAGACCAAGAGAAGCCCUCGAAAAAGCGCCAGAGCACCUGUUCUGUAACCAAGUCUCCAUCCUCCCAAUUGUCUUCCAGUCCUCAAGCGAAGGGCACCAAAGCGACCAAUCUAAAAGAGAAGAGCAAUUCUCCCAAAAGUACGAAGGGUACACCUUCAGGAACGCCCUCCAAAAGGAAAGAGUCUUUGCAGGCACAGGAGUGUCCAGAGUCUGGAGACACAAAGGGGAAACUGUCCCUUACUUCCACACCCCAGUCCUCUGCCUCUCCCUCGCCCACAACAAAAAAGAGCUCCUCAGUGGCUGAGAGGAACUCUGUGUCUGGCAAGAAGAAGCUGGUGGAAAGAGGCUCCAGUAAGGACUUGGCGCACGCCAGUCCCCUGGCAGAGAGGUCUAAAGUCAGUGCCACUCCUCCGCGAACAUCCCAACCUAAAACUGCCGAGGCAAGGCGGCCAGUGAGAAGCUCUAGCAGUAGUUCCUCAAUCACCAGCCUGCGUUCCCCAAGCGUCUCCUCGAGAGACCUCCGCCGCAGCAGCAAAUCCGAGGACAAGGGACUCUCUUUUUUCAAGAGUGCACUUCGGCAGAAAGAGACUCGCCGGUCGGCCGAUCUGGGCAAGACCACGAUUCUCGCCAAGAAGGCUGUCGAGAGGACUGCCAAGUCCAGCAGCCAGUGCAGACUCGAUGCUGACGGGGGCGAAGGCUCGGGAAACUCUUCCCAGCAGGUCUCUCCGGAGCCACGCUCCUGCAGGGCUGCCACCGAUGAGAAAGAGUCCUUGAAGACCUCCACCCCUAACAAACACUCUCUCUUACCAGUAGGCAAGUCCAAGUCUUCCAAUUCUGAGGCUAGCCUUCAGUCUCCCAUCAAUGGGAAGAGACAUCUCGAAAGGAUCUCAUCCUCUAAAAAACUUUCUUCCAGCAUGCAAUCCUCUGCACGGCCAACAUAGACGCCUCAAUGAAAUUUAAAAAGCAUUUCCAUUAUUUUCUGUAAUGCAGCUAUUUUUUGACGUGCCUAAGAAGAAUAUAAAGUAUAUAGUAUAUACCUGUAUUUUACUUUUCUCAAAGAAAAUAUGUAAAUUAUCAGAAAGCGCCUUUCUAUCCUGCCAUGGAGCCAAAUCAUUGCCUCUGGCAAGGUAUGGUAAAUGAAUCUACUACUGUUCACGACUCUAAAUAGGAAUGUUUUAACUUAGCACUUUGUAUAUAUUUUUUCUCCCUGGAAUAAUGCUUAGAUGGUAUGGAUAUGUACAAUACUUUUUAACUUGGUACCGUUCCUUUUUAUUUGGACAAGUCACUUAUAAUGAAAUUAGAUUUUUGCGAUAUUCCUUGGAGUACUGUACCAAUUCACUCCAUACCUACACUUGGUGCUAUUUACAGUCCAGUGUUCCCCUGGCACUGAUACAGUAUGAGAUUGAGUUACAUCAUGAAACCUGACCGAAUUUGCGACUGUAGACUUAAUGGGGUUCAGCAGAGAACAAUCUCUUUGGUACUUCUCAAAGCCUGCUCUCCUACCCCAACUUUUGUUUUCUACUCGUGAACAGUUACAAGUGUCCCACUAGCAUAACUGCCCUCAGAAAUAUGCGCAACAAUGCCAACUGCAGACCUAGCUGAAUUGUUGCUGUAUGAAUGUGAUCUUUCAAAUGGUAAAUAAGUGGAGGACAAUCUUUAAACUCACUCUAUUUAAUUUAUUCCAGCAAAACGCUGUGUGAUCUCCUUAUCUGGAUAUUAAUGGAGGCAGUGUAAGCCCUGCAUGAAUUUUUGUAUAUUUUUGUUUUUAUAAUGACAGUUUGAUAAUACUAAUAACAGCCACAUAAUCAUACUUGAACCAUUUCAUGCCCGCCAAAUCCAAUUCCAACAUAUAUGAACGGUUUUCGUUUGACUUUCUUCGAGCUGGGGAUUAACCCUUGUGCGUUUUUAUCUCCCAUAUUUAUCUGUGGACAACCAGUGCAAUAGUUUUCAACACUUUAGGAGAACGGAUAUGGCCUUCUGUAUUUGGGGAACAUGUUGAACUUAGUG